AUGGAGGCAGAGGCAGAUUCCGCUGCCGAGAUGAAUGGCCAAGAAGAGGCAGACAGUGAUGGGGAGGACAGCGCCAGUCAGUCAGACUCUGAGGAAGAGAGUUCGGGUAUGUAAAAUGCAAGUCUGGAUGUUAAAGUAUGCCACCUGGAAACCCACAAAUGCACUAUGCUAAAGUUGCUCUGUCAUCUAAAGUUUUCUUUACAUACAUUGUUUAUUACGCACUAGAAGACUAUUUGAAUAGUAGAACUUCCAGAACGAACAAGUACUAAUAUUUAGAAAUUUAGAAAGACUCAUUUAAAAAAAAAUAAAAAAUCUCUAUUUAAUGGGCAUGCCCUAAUAAAAACAUGUUUGCUUUAUUUCUGCAUUUGGUGGUAUAGCUAUAAACAGCUUAAAAAGAAACUUCAGUCAGUGGCUUCUCAUUGAGAAGCCUCUGUGCUGAAGCCGUGCACACUUAAUCGUGGCUUUCUAAUUCUCCUCAGUGAACUAUAAUAUAGCUCGUUGAGAGGGGUGGAAGGCAGGCAUGCUAGGACAACACACCUGGAGCUUCUGUUAGCUCAGUGGAGCUAACGGAAGUGGGGGGGGGGGAAUGAUUCUGACUCUUUCUGGCCGCAAAUAUAAAAGUGAUGAUAUUUAUCGACAUUUGUAUUUUUUGUAAACUGUCACAAAUAUGACAGGUUCCAGACAUGUGAAACACUUGUGGAGUUUACCUUGAAUCUAUUCAUUACAGAAUGCUUAUGCUCUUUUUUUUAUUUGUACUUCACAUAGUAUCAUAUGUUCUUCUCAUAGACAUGGAUGAUCUUGAUUGUGAACGUCGCAGGAUUGAGUGUCUGGAUGAGAUGUGUCACUUGGAAAAGCAGUUUUCGGAAUUAAAGGAAAAGUGAGUUGGCCCAGUAGCAGUGCGAUAGAUUAAGAUUAAGAAACUUUUUAUUAUUUAUCUGUAUGACUCUUUUGACAUUUAUUGUUUAUUUCACACUUCUAGUAUUAUCACCAGUUUGGACAACAUUGAUUGGUUGAGAGUGCUGGACUAAUAUGUUGGGUAAUAUAUUUAUACUUUAACUUUCUUAUAGGCUAUUUAAGGAGCGGUUGAACCAACUGAAAGCCAAAUUAGAAGAAGUGACCUCAGGCAAAGCGAUGGAGUAUAUUAACCCAUUAGCUGAUUUACAGAAGAAUAUGAAAAUCAGGAUUGAAGUUGCAGGUAAUAUCGUCUGAGGUGUAGAAUAUACCAGGAGUUUACAAUCUAUGGCACAGGUUGCUAGACCCAAAUAGGCAGGCUGGGGAGAUCAAUGGACCUCUCACAUAUUCUGCCCCCACACGGGUCCCAGUGGAACCAGGAGUCUCUUUUCCCUCAGGCUGUGGCAGUAUGCAUUGGGGGGGGUGUGUAUUGGAUCAGUGUGUGUGCCCCAUGAAUGUGCCUGGAAUGAGUAAUUGCUUCUUUCUGGAGUGUGAGACAUAUACACAGAGCCACGCAAGAAACACACACACAUAUUAUAAAUGGCUUCCUGAAAACAAACACAGAUAUGCAGGCAGUCCUUCAAAAAUAACACGACUGACAAUGCAUGUACUCACCCAACUGCAUAAGAAGCUAAAACGCACAAUACAAACUCUGUUUACUCACAUACACAAUAACACAAACAGCCCAUAAACAUUGAUCAGCCACAACAUUAAAACCACUGAUAGUGUAGUGAAUAACAUUGAUUACAUCAUGACAAUGGCACCUAACAAUUGGCAGGAUACAUGAGUGUCACAUCACGCGGCAGAGGCUGGCAUGCUGUACUUACUCAUUGAGAACCAAGCUCUUUCCGACCUCCGACAAGGGGCACAGUUCUUAGCAGCGCGCCUCACUUGGUCCUCACCACCUGCCGCUGUUCCACAUGGGUUACGCCGUGUAGUGGAAGGGAGGAGCACCAUGUCUGCCCUUCGGCCCGCCUCCCCUCCGGCGCGCAUUCCAUGUGGCAUGUGUAGUGUGUCCCCCUAUGCUGCUUCAGGAUCCCCUCAGCAUGUCAGAACCCUGGGAGAUCCAUCCUGGUAUUUCCAGGAGCAGUAUGGGGAACAACUGGUUAAGUGGACAAACCAGCAUAGAUUCCUCCCCACAAAAGGGGUGUGUGCACCUACUCAUCACAAGGGGGCCAUCCACUUAAACAGGCCCAUAGGCCACUUCUCACGGGAAAGCUCCCAUUCCCCCUCCCCUAUUCAAAAACUCAAACUACCCUGGGUCCUUGGUUCAACUCCUAGAGGUUACAAGCCUUCUGUACCUGAACCUGAAUCCCUGGUUAACCUUUUGCCUGCCUGAUCAUCUCCUGCAUUGCUUGAUUUACCUUUGUCUACUUUAUAUACCUGCUAAAGAGUAUCGGUGUGCUGAUCCUGCCAGGACUAUCAUGUUAAAAAGACUUUCCUUUUGCUUCCCAGUCCUGUUUAAACAAUAAAGACUUUUAGCUAAGUGACUUUGCUUUUUUCCUUUCUCAGCAUACUGAGCCCAUUCUCCCCAAACCAUUACAAUUCAGAAGCAAGUGAACAGUCGGUACUUGGUUUUUUGUGUUUUUGAAAAAGGAAGAAUAAGCAAAUGAAAAGAACGGAGUGACUUUGGCAAGGAUCAUUUAGUGAUGACUAUAUGUCUGGGUCAGAGUACCUGCAAAACACCAAGUCUUGUGGGUGUUUCCAGUAGGCAGUGAUUAGUACACACCAAAUUGGUGCUGGAAAGGACAACCAGUGAACCAACGUCAGGAUUAUGGGCGCACAACACUCAUUGAUGCACGUGGGGAGCGAAGACUAGCCCAUCUGGUCUAAUCACACAGAAAAGCUAUUGAAGCUGAAUUUGCUGAAAAACUUAAUCCUGUGUGUGUCAUUUACUUGGGUAAGCAGAAUGCACUAUGGGACGAAGGCAGGCUGGUGGAGGCAGUGUUAUGCUCUAGGCAAUGUUCUGCAGGGAAACUUUGGUCCAGGCAUUCAUGUUUGUUACUUUGAUAUGUACCACCUACCUAGAAAUUGUUGCAGACUACAUACACCCCUUCAUGAUAAUGGUGAGGCCAAACGGCAGUGGCAUCUUUCAGCAGGACAAUGUACCCUAUCACACUAAAACAGGUUCAGGAAUGGUUUGAGGAACAUGACAAAGAGUUCAAGGUUCUUUAAUCCAAUUGAGCAUCUGUCAGAUGUGCUGGAACAACAAAUCUGAUCCAUGGAAGCCCCACCUCGCAAGUUACAGUACUUACAGGAUCUUCUGAUGUCUUUUGUGCCAGAUACCACAUGACAACAUCAGAGGUCUGUGGAGUCUAUGCCUAGACACAACAGAGCUGUUUUACUAGCAUUAGAGAACCUGCACGAUAUUAGGCAGGUGAUUUUAAUAUUGUGGCUGAACAGUGUAUGCACACAGAGGACACAUUAACUGACAGACACACACACACCUACACACAGGGGACUCUGGCACACACACGCACUCACUGAUUUGACACACACUGUUACGUUAAAAUCUUCACCUUGCUGACAGAGCUCUCCUGUUACACCCUGUGGGCAUUCCCUCUCACCUCCCUCCAUUGCAGACAGGGUUUUUUUUUUUUUUAAAUAUAUAUUGUAUAAACAAUCCAUCCACAUCCCCACUCUUUCCCUCCCCUUGCAGGCCUGGAGCAAGUGUAUGCCCUCCAAGCCAGCAGUUGGCCCAAUCAUGAGAGGCUUGUGAUAGGACCUCUCGCGGCCCCAAUGAUGUCAGGAGGGAGUGCAAGUUAUUGCCAGGAGCUUCUUACAGCAAUGGAUUAGGAGAGACUAAAAAAAACCUCAUCAUUGUAAAUAAGUAGCACCGAUAACCUGCAGGUGUAGCAAACCCAUUAUUCACUUCACUUCUCUUCAGGAACUGAUUUCAAUAACCUUUUUCCCAGAUCGAGGAAACUGUCAUUAGUAGAUUAGUACAGUAAACACAAAGUCACAAAUGAGGAGUCAGUCGUUUAUUUGUAGUAAUAAGAUAUUUUUUUUUUUUUUUUUUUUUAAAUCCUCCUCUAACAAGCUAGUAUUGGUCACUUAGGCUAAUAUUUGUGUUGUCUUGUACGGUUAAGUGGACACUUCACUAAUAUUUUCAUUUGAAAAUAUUUUUAUAUAUUUUUUUAAAAAAAUGCUUGCAAAAUCUGCAAAUCUCUUGUCUCCAGUGGAGGAGGAGGGGAUAUAAAAGUGCCGAUUUCUAAUGAAAUCUGCACAUUUUGUUAAAUAAGGGAGGGGGGGGAAAGACACUCUCUCCACAAAUAAAGUACUUCAGGAAGCUUGCUUUAUAAUCCCAACUGCAUCAUUUGAUAUUUAGCAGAUUUUUGUGUGUGGUUUGGGUUUUUUGUUUUCUUUUUCUUCCUGUGCCAUUCUAUUCUAUUUUUCAUUAUUAGAUGAAGGAAGUGGAAGAUAUUCGGCAUAAUAAAACAUAUCUUUGAAAUAAAAUAUGAAAAGCUCCAUACACCUUUUCAGUAGUGUAUCCCGGUUUUGUGCUGCCCUAGGCAGGACAAAACUCAGGUGCCAACCCUCCCCCCACCCCCGCCCCACCUUCUAAAUACACACACACCACACAUUCACUGACAGAUACGCAUACACUAGCUAACAGAAACACACUCACUGACACACACACAGACACACUCACAUUAACACUUUUUUUUUUUUAUUUAACCCCCCUAGCCUCCUUACCUUUGGGAAUGCUGGGGGGGAUUCUCUUUCUCCCUGGGGGUCCAGUGGCUGCUGGGCGGCCGGCGAGGGAGCAUUUCCCCUGAGCACUCUGCUCAGCUCCCUCGCGCGCUGCAGAGUGAUGCCGGGAGCUGGAAUAUAACGUCAAAUUUUAACAUAAAAGUGCACUAUAAUUUACUGAAGUGCUUAACAAAGUGCAUACAUUAUUAAGGUGCUGUUUAGUGUUGAGGUGACUUUAUAUUCUCUAUAUAUUUUUAUUCUCUCCAUAAAGUGUACUAUAGUUACUGCAGCUAUUAGCCUACUACUUUUCCCUAGACAUCAGAAUUGAAAUGUGUACUGUAUCUUCAGAAUGUACAAAUGUUUGUACAUUCCUGAAAAGCUCUGUGCUGAAGCCUGAGCUAGGUGUGUGUGUGUGUGUGUGUGUGUGUGUGUGUGUGUGUGUGUUGUGAUCAACUUAGGUGGGUGCUAUGCAUAGUUACAUUCACAAAACUGUGAACAUGAUUGUCAAGAAACUGCUACAUACAACACAAUCAGCUUAUUUAGCAGUUUCACUCGUCAGAUUUAAUAAACAAAACUGCUGCUGGGGUGAACUACAUAUCAGGUAAUCCCCCUGUGGGACAUGAGCUUCAAACACCAUAGACUAGAUUUAGAACUUUUAAAUGAAGACUCUCAUUAAUCUGAAAGGGGCUCUCUACUGUGUGCUUGCCUGUGGAUAAGCAACAUCUGCAGGAGAUUCAAUUGUGAUUUUAGAAAUAUGCUACAAAUGCAGAUUUCAUUUUACUUUGGGGUUUGUUUUUUUGUUUUUAUGUGUUUUGCAUAUUUUAGGUCCAUGACUAGUUCUGCUUGAGAACAGCAUGAGUAACUGACUUUUACUUCAUUCUUUGUAGGUAUCUACAGGGGAUUUUGUCUGGAUGUUAUCAAGAAUCGAUAUGAAUGUGAAUUACAAGGGGCAAAACAACAUUUGGAAGUGAGUUGGAUGUUAAGCGGUGCGUGGAUAAGUCUCUAGAUCCUUUUCUCUGGGAACUCGUGCAAUCUUCUCUUUUCUUUCUUUUUAGAGUUUCUUAUAGUGACUGUAAUUUGUAGAAAUUGCUGGCGCUAUAUGACAACUUUAUAGGGGUGUGAGUCAGGUACCUGGGAUACUUAGUUUCAUGUCGCUUCAGUUUUGUCUAUACUUUGUGUAGAUUAUGCACAAAAGGGAAAUCUCAUUUUCUCCUUUCUCUUUCUCUUCUUGCCGAUGACAAAGCAGAGCUCGGUUCAUUAAACCAGGCUGUGUGUAAGCUCUCAUUGCUGUUGGUUCAUAAUGCAAUUCCAGCAUUUGAGUAAUAAAGUACUAAUUCCAUAAACUUUUUACCCCUAACAGUCCAGGAUCUAUGGAUUACCCUGUUGUCUAAAGUUUUUUUUUUUUCUCCUAAAAACACUUUAGACACAACUGGGUAAUCCCUAAAUCCUGGACUGUUAGGGGGUUUUUCAGGACUGGUUUGGGAACCACUGCUCUAGACUAAAAUGAGACCCUUAUGAUAGGAGUGAAACGUUUCGAUCCCACAAAGAAUCUUUCUCAAGUUCAGAAAGCAUCAACAGCAGGUUUAUUGGAAAAGUGCAAGGUUUCCAUCACACAAGGGAUCGAAACGUUGCACUUUUCCAAUAAACCUGAUGUUCAACUGAUCCUUGAGUGCCCGGACCACACUUUUGUUCAGCAAAUUGCAUCAUAGACGGUCCUCGCUCUCCACAAUCAACCCACCAUUUGCUGGUAUCAAACCUGCUGAAAUUGUUAGGUUUGUUUGAUAUUAGAUCUACUUACCAUCAGACCUUUAUGCUAUUUCUUUUGCAGGAUCUCUUCAUGUGGUUGCCUGCACUAUAAUGUUGUUAAUAUUGCAACCAUUAGAAAGUUGUUGAACCCCCUCUCCCCCCAAGUGACAACUACUUGAUAUUGCAGCUCACACAAAAGGAUCAUACUUGCUGGUCACAAUAAGUUCAGAGCAGCCGACACAUGAGUGUAGGUUAGACUCUCGAACACGACACACUACAGGGUAUAACCACAGUCUCUCAAUAAAUGCUUAGCCACAGCGGCUACCAUAUACUGCACACAACUAUGGACGGUAUACACUAAAGUGGCUUGCAAAAGUUGAAGUCUCCUAAGGGAGCGGAGCAAGGCCCUCACGUAGGGUGCAAAGUAGAUAAGCUAACUGUUAUAUUGUGGCACCAAUUGAGAUUGAAAAAGAAGACUAAGUGCUGAUUCACGAAAAUUACUGUACACCAUGUAAUGUGAUCUCUAUAUUGUGGACCUUGUACUGUUUGCACGUGUUUCUUCCCCCUUGUACUGUUUGCCCCCCCAACACCUGUUUUUUUUUCUUUUCCCUUUUCCUUCUGUACCCCAAUGUCGAAUUUAACGUUCUUCUGAAAAAACAAUAAUAAAACAGUAAAUAAUACCUGUUGGUAGAAAAAUAUUCUACAUAUGGUUAUUGUAUUGUUGAUUAUAGUGUUUUGUUUUUUUUUGGAUAAAGAGUGAAAAGGUUCUUCUGUUUGAUAACAUGCAGUGUGAGCUACUAGAGCGUAUCCAGAGAUUGGAGGAGGAUCGUCAAAGUAUAGAUAUCUCUUCAGGUAUGAUUAAUCAUUAAAGCCAACACUAAAUGUGAAGUUCGUUUGUCAUACGUUUUGUUUACGGCUUGUCCAGGGGGACACUUGGGACAGCUCUGCAGCAGUUUUAUUUUGAAUAUUUGUAUUUGUUCAUUGUGGGUGACUGUUACGAAGCUGUUUUAUAUAUGUAUGUAUGUAUGUAUGUAUAUAAUAUGUAGAUUAACAUGCUCUACACAUUGACCAAUUGUAUGUUUUUAAGAAAGACAAACUGGGUUAUUUACUAAAGUGAGAAUUCAAAGUGAAUUUCAGAUUUAAGGCCACAGUACCCACACUGAAAGCAUAGCUGACAUUUUUACGGUUGAGCUAUUUUUUUAAAAAUUAUUUUUUUUUUUUACAUUUUAAAGUACAGCCAGUGGUUAAAUAUAAUGUCAUGGUAUUAUCUGAGUCAAAGUAUGAUAAAACACAUCGAACCCGUAACAGUUCAGCUAUUUUGACCUUAAAUUUAAAAUGCAGUUUAGAUUUUUACCUUGUGUAACCUUGUGUCUCUAUUUUUAUUUUGUAAUCUAGUACCGCAUUGCCGCCCACCCUCCUCCUGAUUGGUGGCUGUCUGGUGAAGCUUCAUAGAGCGCAAUUAGGCACAACAAAAAUUUAAAAAAAUACUUUGGUGUUUAGGUAAUAUGUCCCUGCACACCAAACUCUAAAGUGCGAAGUGCAGCUCUAAUAAUUAAUUGCAAAAGGACACUUACCCCGUAAUGAUUCCUUUUGGGGUUUGGUUCAUAUAUAAAUAGAAAAUAGAAAAACAAAACACAAUAGUGCAAUAUAGUAUGUAUAAAGAUAAGUCUAAAUAAUUGCCGAUAAUAUGCUCACAGUAAAUAGUCUUUUAUACGUUCUGGCUCUGAACUUUCACGUCUCUGUGCUCUUUUGGUGGCAACAAAACCUUUUCAGAUGAAAUGAUUCUUUACUUCCAGUGAAGUAGUACAGAAAUAGAUGUUUUGUGUUGCAAAAUGUGUUCGUGACUGGUGGAUUUACUGCUGUAACAUUGUAUCUGCGGUUUAGAAACACUGCACAGUUUUCGUACAGAACAAACUGGAUUGAACACACAAAGGGAAAAUAAUGUAAAAUAGGAUUUUUUUUUUCCUCUAAACAGUAAAUUAAAAUAAAUAACUUUUAACUGUAUAUUGGUAUGAUAAUCUCACACCAGAAUCAAUGACUCAGGAUAGGCAAAAGGAAUGUAUUUAUUUAUAUUUUCCCCUGACACCACAGUUCACAAAAGAAGAAUUUCUUUCGUUCAAACAGUUAGCAACAAGAACAUGUUAACUGUAUAUGGUAAAAUAGUCUCUCACUAUGAUCAGUAAUAAAAUGCCUGCCAUUCUCCUAUCUCCCACUCAACGUUUUCUCUAGUGCUUCUAACUGUACUAGCAGCGAGAUGCAGCAUAUAUCUGAACUUAGAUUAAAUGACCCAGGCUUAAUAUUUCACUAAUGCCAGGCAACUGUUCACUCUCACACACACACACACACACACCCUCCUCCCCCACCCCCCCAAACCAGAAGAGAAUGGUGGUGACAGAUGACAAAUAUCAAUAUGCUGCCUUUCACUAAUAGAUUUAUUAGCUUGUAAUGCAAAUAGCAUUGUAUAAGCCCAGUUUACACUGUACCUACUUUUCUCUACUUAUAUAUUUAUUUUAAAGAAGCUUAGUGAUUGGCUCUGUUGCAAUUAAUUGAAAAAAACAUGGCUAAAACCAAAGUUGUGAAGCUCCAUACAGCAGCCUGGGAUGGUGACUCUGUAAGUGAGCUGAUUCUGACCGUUUUAAUGUCUGCUACUUCUUGGCUCUAUAUUACCACUGUAGAUUGAUUAUAUUGGCAGCCUGAGUGGCCCUAAGGAUAAUAUAUCCAUAUUCUGCUGCUUUAAACCUGUGCAUGUUCUAUGUUGUGUACUGAGUGCUGUAUCUGCAUUGAUUUCUAAAGAGUUCAGUAACUUUCUAAUUCUGAUUAGUUUCACUGUGCUUUUAGUAAUCUGCCGUGAAACUAAUGAGCUAGAAAGUUACUGAAAUGAUAAGCACACGGUGCUUACAGUCUUAAAGCAACAAGAUACGGAUAGCCUCCAUUAUUGCUUCUUGCAGCUGUCAAUAUGGUCUAUCUGCAAUGGUAAUAAUGGGUCAGGAGUAGCUGGAAUGCUCCAUAGUAGCAACAUUUAUUAGAGAGCUCAAGCUUUCCCACUUGAUUUGCUUACAGCCAGAGCACUACUGGAGAUGAGAUCAGAAAAGGGAGGCCAGGGAGAUAGUUGUACAGAGCGGGAGCUUUAUACAAAUACUUUGUAUCUAUCAUGGUGACCCUGGCUAUUUAUUGUAUAGUUAUCUCUAUAUUGUGCCUGGCUCUGUGUUUCGUUUAUGAAGACUACCAUUAGGGUUUGAGUAUGUGGGGUUAAGUGGACCGAGACCUCCAAGUCAGAAGAUGGUGGUUACAGUGUUAAGUGGAGGUGCAGUCAUCAUAAUACUUCAGCAGCAGACACUAGUUUAUAAUAAUGGCAGAUAAUCUUGAGCAUUUUUUCUUAUUUUCUUCUGCUUUAGAAUGGUGGGAUGAAGAAUUAAGAUCUAAAAGGAGUCGUAAGAAGUGGGAUCCUUUCCGAUCAGAAAAGAAAAGGAGAGUUCCUCUUGUGUCUGGUAUCCUUUUCCUAGCUUAUUUUUCUUUCUUUUCUUUUUGUACUUUUAUGUAGUAAAAGACAACAAUCUCCUGCACACACUUCAUUUUGAAUGCCCAUGUAAAUGCAUUGAGCACGCUUCUUAUUGUUGGGGGAAAAAAAUUUCUUAUUUAAAAUAAUCUUGAACUGUGUUAAGAUUGGACCCUGGUUUUUCAGAGCUGCAAGUAAAUAACACACUCUUGCAAAUCCUUCCUUCUCUGGGAAGACCUGGUAAUGAAGACAGGUUCUGAGGUAAUUGAAUACAAAAAGAGAAAACCCUGAUGAUAGAGAAUGCAGUAUGCCAAAGCCAGGGAUAGAGAAGCAGAGACAAAUUCAUUUGAAGUCCAGAAGUCAGAGAAGGCAGCACAGGUCCAAGAAACAAGCCAAAGGUCAGGAAGCCAGGAACCCCACAAAGUGAGAACGUAAAUGGUAGCUGGACCAAAGCAGGGAACCAUGGUCUGUCUGCUACAGAAUAACACUGGGCAAAAGUAUAGGUAGAGACUGGAAAAAUGGGCAUGGGAGCUAGGAGGAAGUGACAUGGGUAGAGGCUGUAUUGGUUUCAAUUAGCAGUGACCGAUGGGGUGGGCUUUGUUUCCAUAUAUACACGUGGACUUUGUGAUUUGAAAGGUUUCACAACUCACUUUUUGUGUUGGCAUCAGUGUGGCCAUUCUAAAACUGAACACUCCUGUACCACUAUUGACUACAUGAAUGCUGAGUUUUCAGGUAGGAGAAGGCAUCAAUGGCCAUGACAAGAGCGAAACAUCAACAUUGCCGGUUACGCAGGACUACGCCUGAUUUCACAGCCUUUUGUGCCAUUAAUGAUACCUGAAUGGACCCAGUUGAGAGCGCCUCUAAGGGAAUAGAUUUCAGUAAGCAGGAAGUCAACAACAAUGUUAAACUUUUGCUAGCUGACCUAUGGAAUUAGCAGGUGAGAUCAUAUUCCAUAUAUCAGCCAAUUCAAGAUCAGCAAAGGGCUUACAGUCCACAAAUGCACACCUGAACACUACUAAAGGUAAUCUGUGAUAGAGGAAUGUGAAGGGAAGAGUUGUUGAAGUUUGAACGGCUGAAUUGUCUUUUGUUUUGUUUUUGUUUUUCUCUACACAGCAAUUGCACCUACAUAGACAGGACAGAUCUGUUCUAAUUGAGAGCUUUUCAUUAUCCCCAAAACAGCCAGAGCCACAGAGACAAGGGUUUGUGAGAUUUAAAUGCAAUCAUGACAGGACUAUUCUUAUUGCUAGUAAAAAAAAAAAAAAAGCCAAGACUCUUCACAGAUCUGUUACUCUAGUACUGCUUGCUAUAGAUUUCUUAAGUAACUCUGUUAACUAUUUAUGUCUUGAUACAAUAUUGUUUGGAUACCCCGCAGAUACUGAUGAUUCUUUAGAAUAGAAAACAUCUCUAGGUCUCAGACUUUUUGGAUGCAAACUCUAAGAUGGGACGGCCUGUUUGCUUCUCUUAUCUCUCUGACUCCAAAAAGUAAAUUACUACACACCUUAGUCCCAGGAUUAGUCUUUGGGUUUUUUUUUCUUGUCCAUGCAGUGUUUUAAGGGGUUCACAGAGUCUCUGUUGUUUGAGUUUAUUUGCUCACCCAGGUGUUGCAACCAGAAACCUGUCAGGCCAUGUUUAUUUCAUUACCAAACUAUUGUUUGUGUCACAACUUGUUAGUUAUUUUGUUUUAUAUUUGAUUUUGUAAAAUAAGGCCAAAAUAAAGAGAAAAAUGCCACAUAAACUAUUUCCUAGUAUAAACAGAUGAUGAAGAUAUCACCACAGUUCUCAGCCUAUGGACAUUUCUCUACUUUAGGUAAAAGAUUUUAAAAAGCCAAAGAUGGCUGAGUUAUACUCCCCAGAGCAAAAUGGGCAUUAGAAAGUUUAAGUAGCGAGAAUAUGUAUAGCUUCCUGAACACUUAUAGCUAACAAUCUAUUCCCAUAUUUGUGAUGAUAUUACAAUUAGCAGUGCCAUUUAAACGGCUCUAAUCUGUUGGCAGCCACUUUGCAUUUUAACUCUUCCUUAACACAAGCUUUAGGUCCAUAUAUUGUAUACAUGCUGCGGGAUCUGGAUAUAUUGGAAGACUGGACAGCUAUCAAAAAGGUAACAUUAGUUUCUCUUAAAAGCCUAUAAGCAGGGUAUUGAUGAUGUCUGUUUGUUUUUUAUUUUUAAAAUGUACUGUAUGAAACAAAUAGAAUUUCUGAUUCUAUGCUAUUUCAGAUCUUAUGUGAAAUAUGGCUAGAUAUGUAUAAUCUCAAAUUAAUACGCUAAAACUUAAAAUAGUGUACAUUUACAUGAUUCUAUACUUUAUUUUUAGAUAUCUGAAAAAUCCCAUAUAUUGAUUUGUGACCUAAUAUUAUGUGUUAACUGUAGAGUCUGUCAGGGUUAUUCACUAAAGUCUAAAUGCGGAGGCAUUCGGACCGCAAAAUCCAAACUUUUUAAAGGGACACUACAGCUUAUUACAUUUGUUCCGGUGAAUAUAAUUUCCUUCGGGCUUUUUGCAGUAAACACGGUCUUUUUAGAGAUAAUGCAGUGUUUACAUUAUAUCCUAGGGAUACCUCUACUGGCCACUCCUCAGAUGGCUGCUAGAUGUGCUUCCUGGGGCAGUGCCACACAAUGUGCAUCACUAUUGCAAAGCUGUUGGGUGCAUGAGUAGAGUCACAAAACAAAAGCAGUAAUCCAAUUUUCAAAAAAGAUUUGUAUUUAUUUUGGCAUUUAAGUACAUAAAUCAUUUCAGUUUAUUUAAACAGAUAAUAUUUAAUCUGUAUGUUGCAUUUCACAAAAGACACUCAUGCUUAAUUUCACAUAAUGUAUUUUGUGUGCAGACAAAUUAAGUAUUUGUUUCUAAUCCCUACACAAUAGGGCAGUUCCACUAGUCUCUUGUACUUUCUUUUUUGUUUAUUUCAGGCCAAAGCUGCAGUUUCUCCCCAGAAAAGGAAAUCUGAUAGUAAGUUCACUGAUCGAGAACGUUGAUUAUCCAUUAACUUAAUUUAGGUUUUCACUCAUACAUUUGUCCUUUCGGGCUUACCUCACAAACUUUGUUUCUGUAGGUAUAAAGGUUGAAAAGCAGCACUUUAGUGCUCGUUGUGAAGAUGGUUGUCUGUACUACGAGGGAGAGAGCUUUACAAAAGGAGAAGCCAUUAUCCUAGAUGUGAAAGAUGAACCCCCAUCACAGUAAGGAACAGUUCAUAUAAGCAGAAUGCAGAAGGAAUAAAUAUAUGUACUUCAGUUAAUUUCCCUAACUAUUUUUUUGUACUCUUUAAGGGUAGUUUAUUUCUUCUCAUUACCUAUAAUUAAACCUUGUUUGGUCACCACCAUCCUAUCCUGUGCAUUAUUCAUGUCCUUUUUAUUUAAAGGAACACUAUAGCGUUAGGAAUACAAAUGAGAUGACUACAAACACAUCACCAACCCCUUCGUGACGGCGACAAUGCAAGUCUGGCACAGGCAGGGCACGAAACAAUACCUGACGACAGACCCGAGCCCACUCCUCCCUCUGAGGGGCAACCCGGAUUUCCCGGCAGGAGAACUGUGCCCAUCCCCAGGCCGAUAGGACAGAAACCAAUCCUCCGCAUGAAAGACGUCCUCCAACGCCCAUUCGAUAUCCGCCCGCUGAACGAACUCUUCCUGGACCGACCACACACAUUCAUGCACACACUGGCGAGAGUGCAAAGCGCACAAUACACCCGAUCCAUCCCUCAAAAACCAUCCCUGAGAGACCCAACGUCAUUCGAACUCCUAUGAACACAAGACAAGGAACCGCCACAAGCUAUAUCACAGAUUUACUCAGUCCUGAUUGCAAGCAGAUACUUACUAGCGCGCCCCCCCCGCAUCAGAAACUGGGAGGAAGACCUAGACGAACCCAUGACCGAGGCAGAAUGGGACAAAACCAUCACCCUGAUACAGAAAACGCCGGGUUCAGCGCGCCUACAGGAAAACUUGUACAAAAUAUUUACCAGGUGGUACCUGACGCCGUGGGCGCUCCAUGCAAGAAACCCAGAGAUACGAGACACCUGCUGGAGAUGCGAGGAGGAGGUGGGAACGUUCACACAUAUCUGGUGGUCCUGCUCCAGGAUCCGUCCUUACUGGGAAACGAUCCGUAAAACGAUACAGGAAAUAACAGACACCUUCCUCCUACACCGAACCACCAUGACAACACAUCCAUUACAGAUCCAUUAUCCCCAGACUGCUUAACGCAGCCAAGGCGACCAUCCCCAUAUACUGGAAGCAGACCACCACACCCCCAUUGAGACGCUGGGUGGAGGAGGUGGAAGCUACACGGAAAUUUGAGGAUAUGAAAGCUAAUACCCUGACACAAAGGGACCGCUACAUAAAACGUUGGUUCAACUGGAUACGCCAUACCACCUCAGACUCCUCUCACCACCACAUAACACAGUAACCGCAGAAAGAGAGGGAGAGAGAACAGACCUGAGUGGGAGUUCGGGAGACUGCGUGCGCGACAGGCCGAGGCGGCAACGGGAGACAAGCCAUCCACACUACAUUCCCACAUAAAGACCUAGUACACAAAGCCAUAAGUAAAACCCAAUCGCAACAUCAACGAUCCCAACAGACGCGACAAAUAGUUGAAAACUCUAGCACAUGCAAAGCACACAGGGACUAACUAGAAGCAAUAAGCUCACGACAAGGUUCAAAAACAUACCUGUAUGUCUACCACAACAUUUACAUAAAAUAAACGUAUACAUCCAGACAUGCACAAACCGCAAUGUAUGACCGAUAACUAUGAUGCAUAAAGAAUGCCAAACCCGCCUCCGCGCAGGCAACCAACGGCUUAUAACAAUGUACCGAGAACCAUGCCUCUGCGCAGGCACUUACACGCUACAAAAAAAAAAAAAAUGUUUGUUAACCAAACUUAUGACAUGACUACUAUAAUAAUAAUCUAUUGGCUGAGAUUAUCAAUUCUGAUCUUGAGGAUGUUGAGGGGGGAGGGCAGUGGGCUAAAUAGUGUUUUAACACUCUAGGGUCAGCAUUACGUGUUUGUGUUCCUGAGCCUCCUGGUGCUUUGCUAAUCCUUGUUAUAAGCUGUGGUUUUAUUCAUCUGGCAGUCAGCAUAGAGGGGAGAAAUUACGCUAUGUUUCUAUUUCUCUUCUUCAUUUUCAGUGUUUGCCGUGGCUUUGCCUUGUCUAAAUGGGAUUAUUAUGUAAUUAGCUAUUUAUUUAUUUUUUAUGUAAAAUUUAGCAACUCCUAAAUGAGAGAAAAAAAAAUCAUGUAGUUUUAUAUAUGAUUUUCAAUGUUUUAUAAAGGGAACGAUUACUUCUCUGGAAUUUACACAAUAACACUUGUGCUUUUAGCUUCUUUUAAUUACCAUGAAUUUCCACAAUUUGUUUUAAUGAUGUAGUAACAAAGAUCUUGUUUUUAUUUUUAGGGCUAUCAUUACUGCGGUAAGCACAGGGGAGGUUUGGCUGAGACGGGGAGACAGCAGCAAGACAAAGAUUUACGUGUCACAGCUACAGAAAGGCAAAUACUCAGUCAGGAGGGCAGGAAAGUAA